AUGCGGUGUGAAGACGACUGUAUAGACUGGGAAACUAUAGAAAACGCAGUGUACAGUGGAAAGACCACGUGGAUUUACGCGUUAACUAAAGUUGAAUUGGUAGAGAUUUGCAAACGGAGGAAAUUGGAGUGCGUUUGUGCAGCAGUUAGAGGCAUUUAUUAUGUUGAACAACAUUGCGGCGGACAAGAAAGCAGCAUUACUGCUAACACAGGUGUCUCAGGAAGUGUUCACCGAGAUUCCGGCGACUGCGAGACCGAAACACCAUUGUCUCUAACGUACAAGGCAUUGAAAGAAAAACUCGAGAGCCAUUAUCAACCAAAGCCGAAUCAGCAGUUACAGCGGUUCUCGUUCCGAGCAUGUAAACAAGGUAGUAACGAGUCAAUACGAGACUUUAUGACAGCGCUGAGAUCCCUGGCGUUGAAAUGCCAAUUCCAAACAAAUGAAACAAAUAGCCAGCUAAAGGAUCAAUUGAUAACGGGGGUAUAUAAUCAACGCGUUCGGUACGAAUUAUCGAAGGCAUCGGCCGACGAAUCUCUCGAGAACUUGCUACGGCUGGCGAAAACGGUCGAGCUCGCUGACGCAAAAGCCGCGAGUUUAGGAACUCCGAACGUUGUAAACACAGGAUUGACCCCGGACAAUAAUACAACGGUGGCACAAGACGCAGAUAUACACACGAUACAAACGGGACGAAACAGAACCGCGACCAAUCGAGGCAGAGGGAAUUUCUACGGCCAAGCGUCGCGUAGAGGAUGGUCAGCCCCACAGGGCGGGGGCAGAGGAACACAACGAUCUCAAAAUCAACAAAGCCAAGGCGCCGGGCGUACUGCGGGAAGCGAGAGGAUCUGUUUUUGCUGCGGUGGCACCAAUCACAUAAAAGCAAAUUGCUCGCUACAAAAUAAAUAUUGCAGCGAGUGUGGAAACCAAGGCCACAUUUUCAAAAUGUGCAGACGCGCCGGACGAGGUGGCCAAACUCGAAACCAAAACUACGUGGGAGAUGGGGAGACAGCCGAGACACAAGAGCAUUUGCGCGAAGAGUUCUCCGAGGACGAAGAGCGAUUUGCGAGCGAUUUUUGGCCAGUUCGAGAGAGCGGGUACAUUCAAGUCGAAGUAGAGAAAAACUAUGUUAAAAGCAAGGAAUUAUUAUAUGUAGUUAGCGAAGGUAGCUGGCCGAUAAUGGGCAGAAUUUGGCUGCAGGCAUUUGGUAUGUGGCCGCUAGUUUUUUCAAACGAUCCGCGAGAACAUAUAAAUAGUACCGUCGCCCAAACAGGUGACGAUGACGUGACAAAAAGAAAACAAAUAACAUGUCAACUCCAAAAAGAAUUUCCAGGCGUGUUCGCAGCGGGUAUCGGAGCGUUCACUAAAGGCGAAUUGAAAUUAACGUUGAUUGAGGGAGCCACGCCGAAAUUUCUGCAGCCAAGAAAAAUGCCCUGGGCAUUGCGCGAUAAAGUAGAGAAUGAAUUAGCCAGAUUACAGCAGCUUGCAAUUAUAUCACCAGUAGAAUAUUCCGAUUGGGGCACGCCAAUUGUGCUAGUUUUGAAGAGUAACGGUACAUUACGUUUGUGCGGAGAUUAUAAAGUGACUUUAAAUAAAUAUCUUGAGGUCGAUCGCUGCCCCUUACCGCGAGUUGAAGAAGUUUUAGAGAAAUUAAGAGGUGGAAAAAUAUUCACAAAAUUGGACCUAUCAGAAGCCUACCAACAGCUACCAUUAACACAAGAAUCUCAAAAACUAGUGGUAAUCAGUACUCAUAUCGGAUUGUUUAAAUACCACAGAUUGCCGUACGGGGUAGCGACGGGACCAGGGUCAUUUCAAAGGGUCAUGACUUCUCUAUUAUUAGGCAUACCGGGCACGAUCGUUUUUAUUGACGAUAUUCUCAUUACAGCGGCAACACUAGAAAUACAUACAGACAGAGUGCGAGAGGUACUAAAGCGUUUAAACGAGGGAGGUUUGCGUUUAAAAUUCGAAAAAUGUAAAUUCUUUAAAAACGAGGUGUGUUAUUUGGGGUUUCGUAUUAACGAAGAAGGGAUUCGACGUUUAGAGGCGAAAAUAAAGAGUGUAAAAGAUGCACCAAAGCCAAAGGACGUGUCGGAAUUGAGAAGCUUUUUGGGGUCGAUCAAUUAUUACGGUCGUUUUAUUGAAAAUAUGGCCCAGAAAUUGCGGGCUCUUUACGAAUGUCUCGAGAAAGAUAAAUUCGAAUGGACGGAGGUCUGUGACAAAACUUUUGAAAAAAUCAAACGCGAACUCGUGUCCGAUAAAAUCUUAGUGCACUUCGACCCCCAAAAGCAGACAGUUCUCACUUGCGAUGCAUCCCCGUAUGGGAUAAGUGCCGUGUUGGCGCACAGAGAUGAGGAAGAUUCAGCAGCUUUAGCGCGUAUAUUCGAUCCGAGUAAAGCGAUUCCAGAGAUCGCAGCAGCACGAUUGCAAAAAUGGGCACUAAUUCUCGCGCUGUUUGAGUAUACUAUUAAACACAUUCAAGGAAAAAAAAAUUAUGCAGACUGGUUAAGUAGACUACCAUUGCCGAAAACAAAAGACGAUGCUAAAGAAUUUCCGAUUUUACAGAAUACGAUGUAUACCCAUGUGAAUUGCGUUAAAGACUAUGAUUUCGCGACCCUCGAUUGGAAGGCGGCAUGCCGCGUUUGUUUAGAAACAAGAAAAUCGCCGCCGAAAAUUGCUUUGACGCCGUGGGCUUGGCCUACAACACCGUGGCACAGAAUACAUGCGGAUUUCUUGGGGCCUUUUAACGGUAAAACGGUACUCGUGAUAGUGGACAGCCAUUCAAAAUGGCCCGAAGCUAUAAUCAUGCAAUCGAUGAGCGAAUCUCAUACGAUAAAAGCGUUCGAGGAAGUGUUUGCUCGACAUGGGUAUCCUGCUCAUUUGAUUACGGACAAUUAUUCGACGUUCGUAGGUAAAGCGUUUCAGUCAUUGCUAAAAGUAGGGGGUGUUAAGACACAGUACAACGCCACCGUAUUGUCCGGCUACAAAUGGAGCGGCGAAGAAUUUUCACCCCCCAUGCCACCACACAAAGGACUCCAGUGA